CUUGUGUUGGUUAUUGGAACAUUUUUAUAUCUCCAUCUAUUUUCAGAAAUAGGUACUUUUGAGUGCUGGCGUUUUCACUGCAAAACCAGUGAUGAUAGUCUUUUAGCUAGGUUGCAAUUGUAAAUUAAUCGUUAGACAAAGCGGAAAAAGUCGCAGAAGUAUAUAUUUAUUCAUGUAAAAGUGCAAUACAUCAAAAUAAUCUCGUGUGUAGCGGAAAAAUGCAUCUAGUUUCACUGUGUGUGUCGAAACGGAUGGUGAGCGAUGGCGAGAAUACGGUGAUAGAUUUUUGGUGUUGAAAAUUUGCCCUGUGUCAUUGUCGAUUUAGUUUUCAAUAACGUCUGAGAAAGACAAAAACUGUUUUGUUUCGACUUUUGUGUAUUACUACAUUGAAAAAUCAUCUAUUUUGAAGAAUAUUGUCGAGAAAUUAAAUUGUCAUCGACUGACCGGCUGAUAUUACACGAGGCUUGUAUGUAUAUGUUACUUCUGCCUACUGGUAUUCGUGACACGCCUCAGAAAAUAAAACUGAUUUUGUGAAUGGAAUUGUUCUUUAUUAUUAUUGUGUCAUUUUGGUGAUAAAGACGUUUUAAAAUUACGUAACUGUUGUGGAAUCUUGAAGUGUAUAAAGAAUGGCCUGAGUGUGAGCACUCUAUUGCCGUCAUGUGUGACGAAGGAAUGUUUGUUUAGGCUGUAGUAUUUUGUUGCGACUGUACUAGGAGUGCGCGUUCGUCUCGUCAAUUGGACCGGAUCAUGACACUAUCCGAAUCAAAACAAUCAUCGCAUUGAUCGCACUCGAUAUUGUCAUUUGGGACACUUUUAUAUAAGCAAAAUGUCUUCGGGAACGUUUGUGGAUAGAAUUGAUCCGUUCGCCAAGCGUUCGUUAAAGAAAAAAACCAAGAAAUCGCAAGGUUCCUCCCGCUACCGCAACACGCAGGACGUGGAACUUCAGGCGCUGCCGCUUCUCAAAGAUGUUCCAAAUAGUGAGCAAGAGGAGCUGUUUAUUCGUAAACUGCGGCAAUGCUGUGUGGCAUUUGACUUCAUGGAUCCUGUUGCUGAUCUCAAGGGCAAGGAGAUAAAACGUGCCACACUCAAUGAGCUUGUAGAGUACAUUACUGGUGGCCGUGGAGUGCUCACCGAGCCCGUCUAUCCGGAGAUUAUUAAAAUGAUAUCGGCCAACCUGUUCCGCACUCUGCCGCCGAGUGAAAAUCCCGACUUCGACCCUGAAGAGGACGAUCCGACUCUGGAGGCGUCGUGGCCGCAUCUCCAGCUCGUCUACGAGUUCUUCCUGCGCUUCCUCGAGUCGACCGACUUUCAGCCCACCAUCGGCAAGAAGGUUAUUGACCAGAAAUUUGUUUUGCAGCUUUUAGAUUUAUUCGACUCCGAGGAUCCUCGUGAGCGCGACUUUCUGAAAACUGUCCUCCAUCGCAUUUACGGCAAGUUUUUGGGACUGCGAGCCUUCAUACGGAAACAAAUCAAUAAUAUUUUCCUACGAUUUGUAUAUGAAACUGAACAUUUCAACGGCGUCGGAGAGCUCUUAGAAAUAUUGGGAAGCAUAAUCAACGGGUUCGCCCUGCCGCUGAAGAGCGAGCACAAGCAGUUCCUGGUGAAGGUGCUGCUGCCGCUGCACAAGGUGAAGUGCCUGUCGCUGUACCACGCACAGCUGGCCUACUGCGUGGUGCAGUUCCUGGAGAAGGACGCUACGCUCACUGAGCCCGUCGUGCGCGGACUGCUCAAGUUCUGGCCCAAGACCUGCUCCCAGAAAGAGGUUAUGUUCUUGGGAGAAAUAGAAGAGGUAUUGGAUGUGAUUGAGCCAGCUCAGUUUGCCAAAAUACAAGAGCCAUUAUUUAGACAAAUUGCAAAAUGCGUUUCCAGUCCACAUUUUCAGGUGGCAGAGCGGGCUCUGUACUUCUGGAACAACGAGUACAUUCUGUCGCUGAUGGAGGAGAACAACCAGGUGAUAAUGCCGAUCAUGUUCCCGGCGCUGUACCGCAUCAGCAAGGAGCACUGGAACCAGACGAUCGUGGCGCUCGUCUACAAUGUGCUCAAGACCUUCAUGGAGAUGAACUCCAAGCUGUUUGACGAGCUCACGGCUAGCUACAAAGCUGAACGGCAAAAAGAGAAGAAGCGCGAGAAGGAGCGCGACGAGCUGUGGAAGAAGCUGGGCGAGCUGGAGAUCAGCAGCAAGCGGCAGGCGACGAGCGCGGGGGGCGCGACGGGCGCGGUGGGUGCGGGGGGCGCGACCGCCAAGUGAUGCCGCGGGCCGGCCCGCCCCGCGCCCCGCGCCGCGCCGCGCGACACAACGCCCCCCACACUUUACGGUUACACGAUCCAUUCGUAUUGUCUAUUCAAUUACAAUUUUUGUUAACGACGUGAUUAAUUUUUUUACACCAUUCGAUUAUUCGUUCGUUCGGGUAUUGGGUUGCCACCCGACAAUGUAUUUGCAUUUUUGUGCAUAUGAAGUAAAAAAGAUUCUGUACUAGUUGGAAUUUUUUUUGAUGGGAAUUUAUAAUAGGGAUGAUCGAAAUCGACGCUCGUCGAAUGCAAACUAUUAACGUUGGUCGACAUCAGUGUUCUUGUACAUAUUGCUAGAUUUAAAUAAAACCACUAAACUCUAAAAAAAUGGUAUUCGAAUAAUCUGUUUUAUUAUAGUUAUUGUUGCUUUGGUUAGUGGCGUCGAUAGCGAUGCGGUCCCCGACGACGUUACCGCGCCGUUACCGCGACGUUCCCGCGACGUGGACGCUUCUCGUUCAACAUCGACGGUCAUCCUUAAUCUAUAAGAAAGCAAUAAAUAGUACCGAUGCUGGCGAGUCGCCGACGUCAGUGCAGGGCGUAACGUGGCCGGUUAUAUUUAUUCUAAACAUUAUAGUAUUGAGAGAAAUAUAUUAAAGAUGAUGCUAUAUUUUUAAUUUUAUACCCUUCUUUAUACUAGAUAUUUAUGUGGUACGGUAGGAUGGAGGGAUACAGAUCGAUGUAAAAUUUUCUCGCUAUUGAUAAUUUAGGGUUAAAAUUGUUAGGGAAAUUAAUGAUAGACUUGCAUUUUGUGUCGCCUUUUCCGACGUGUCCACCUCACGAGGGAAACAUUUAGGUUGCUGAAGGGUGGCAACCCUCGUCUGUUGUCCGUCGGUCGGUUCGCCAGCGAGCCCUCCGCUCUCCGCCCUCCGCCCUCCGCCCUCCGCCCUCCGCUAUGCGACAAGUUCCCGCCCCGAGAGCACUGUCAUCACUGUACUAGAGUUAGCAGGCCAGCGUACUACCGAUGUGCAGAAUACACGACACACCACAAACAUGUACAACUAUACAUUGAGUUAAUAUAAGAUGGUCGAUUCUGGUUAACAAUAUUUUAGAUUAACCACUAUCAUAUUCUAAUUCAAUUUAUCAAUCAGAAAUAUCACAUACAUUUUGUAAGUUAUAUUUUUUAAAAUUCUAUUGAAACCUAUGCUUAUGCAUGUUUGCAAGUUAUUCCACCUUCGUUAUGAAUGUGUCAUAUUCUUACAUCGUUGGUACGUGAGCAUAUUAUUUUAGAUAUUUUCCAACAUUGUUAAAAUUGUUUAAAUAAGUUGAAAAAGUUGUAUGUAAUUAUAAUUAACGUAUGUUCGUAUGUAUUGCAUGCUGAAACACCGAUAUUUGUAAUAAUCGGGCACCCAGCUUUCGUCGGAAUAUAAUUGUACAAAAAAAAACAAAGAUAGGUAAAUUACAAUAUACGAUAUGUUAGUGCGAGGUCCCGGUUGAGGCAGGGGUCCGUUCCGGGGCCCGGGUAGAUUGUUCUAUGUGAAAUUUUCAUUUAUAAAUUAGAUGCUGAAAUAAAAAACUGUAAUUCGGUCGUACUAUCAACAUUCUGUAUAGUGACAUAGUGUAAAUAGGCAUUUAUUUAUUAUAAAUUAAUAGCGGGCGAUUAUUUUGAUACACGGGUGCGACAGUGCGCGGGCGCGGCGGGAGGGGCUGGAGGGGCGCGAGCGAUAUAACAGCCGCGCGGCUCACUCGGCUCAUACGGCCCACACGGCUCGGUGGUAACGUUCAUUCGAUCACAUUGGAGUAGAACAAUGCUAAAGGUAGUUAUAAUAAUUUGUAAGGGAAUAGUCAUUAAUUUGUAUGAUAUUACUGUAGCCAUUAAUUUUCUAUGAUCACCGGCGGAGCGUCGCCGAGCGCCGCCGUCGGCGCCGCCGCGAUGUAUGUAUGUACACUAUGGAGAUGUUUGUUAUGUAUAAUGUAUUAACUUGCAAAAAUUAAAUAUAUGAUCUUAUAAAUAAAUUACUAUUAUAGAACACAGUAUGGAAAUAAAAAAGUUGAUUCACAUUAAUUGUUUGUGUGUAAGAGUAGGCGCCCCGCGACGGCCUCGCUCGCCCCGUCCCGCGCUGUCCGGCGCUGUCCCCGCGCUGUCCCCGCCAUAUUCUAGCUGCGCAUUCGAAAUACACGACAACUUUAACAUUCAUUUAGUUUUUCAUUUCCUCUCGUGGCCCAGAACCGAUCGCCAUCGAAAUCUUCCACGCUUAGGUAGUACUAAUAUUUACGAUUAUAUAUUUUAUUUUACUAAAAGGAUGUUAACCUUUUAAUUUGUAUUACUAAUAUGUUGUAACGUGUCUGUACUUUGAUAGAAGGGAUUCAGCUGAAAUUUUGAUAACACUUGUAACACGAAUCUGUAUAAAACAAUAAAAAAACCAAAUGCAUGUUUAUGAGUAA